AUUUUAAACACAAACGCGCGGGUACUCGCACCACUAGACGUGAACAUAAAACACCUGUCUCUUCAUUUGUCUCAAACAUAGUUAAGUCAAACUACCUACUGAUCUCGUUGUUUCAUAUCAAUAUUAUUCAAUAUCGUGCCACGCUUCACGCAGUUUGUCUCUCUGAGAAAAAUGAUCAUUUUUUAAAUAUUUAAUACUGAUUUUCUAAGUUAACUUUCAUAUUAUAAGCGCGUAGUUUUAUAAAUACUUUUAAAAAAUCCGAUAGAAAAUAAUUUUGUUAUUAUAUUAGUGCUACAGUUCAGUGUUUACAAGACUAUUUGUGAAAGUGAAACAUAAAGCUACCGUAUACAAGUUUUGCUGGAUGUGCCCAAUCUUAAGCCCUUGCUUCAUUGCAGUUGAACGAUGCCGCACCACAACGUACACGUGGGUUUGGAGAACAUGGUAAGGGAUAUGCUAGGUGAACCAGAAACCAGCGAGGAUGUACCAGGCAAGCAGGAAAGCGAGGCGCGCGAGGGCAACGUCACGUACGGCAUCGACGACGUGCCCGCGUGGUAUCUGUGCAUCUUCAUGGCUUUGCAGCACUACUUGACUAUGAUCGGAGCCAUCGUGGCGAUUCCCUUCAUCCUCUGUCCUGCGCUGUGCAUGCAGGAAACGGACCCUGAUCGAUCCAACAUCAUCUCCACUAUGAUUUUUGUCACAGGCCUCAUAACCUGGCUGCAGGCGACCUUCGGCUGCCGCCUGCCCAUCGUGCAGGGCGGCACCAUCUCCUUCCUGGUCCCUACCCUGGCUAUCCUGGGACUGCCGGCGUGGCGCUGCCCUCCUGCUGAGGAGUUACAAGCCAUGACUGAUGAGGAGAGGAGAACCGUGUGGACUUCGAGGAUGUGCGAGUUGUCUGGAGCCAUUGCUGUGUCUGCGUUAUUCCAGGUUUUCCUUGGUUACUUCGGUGUGAUUGGCUCAAUGCUAAAGUUCGUGACACCCCUGACCAUCGCACCAACAGUAGCGCUGGUCGGGCUGACGUUGUUCGACCACGCAGCGGAAGCCGCGUCAGGCCAGUGGGGUAUCGCUGCUGGGACGUUCACUUUGCUGACGGUAUUUUCGCAAUGUAUGGGGGGCGUGAGCGUCCCCACGCUGUCCUGGAAACGGUCUACCGGAUGCUCAGUCCAGUGGUUCCCGCUCUUCAAGCUGUUCCCGGUUCUCCUGACGAUAGCCAUCAUGUGGUUCGUGUGUCUGAUCUUGACGCUGACGAACGCUCUGCCGGUGGGUCACCCGGCGCGAACGGAUCUCAAGCUGGUCAUCAUUGAGGACGCGCCCUGGUUCCGAGUACCUUACCCAGGUCAAUGGGGAACACCGACGGUGAGCGUGGCGGGCGUGCUAGGCAUGCUGGCCGGCGUGCUAGCAUGCACCGUCGAGUCUAUCAGCUAUUACCCCACCACGGCUAGGAUGUGUGCGGCACCACCACCUCCACUCCAUGCCAUCAACCGAGGUCUAGGUACUGAGGGUCUGGGUACAGUACUGGCUGGUCUCUGGGGGUCUGGCAAUGGGACCAAUACUUUUGGAGAGAACGUGGGCGCUAUUGGGGUCACUAAGGUCGGAUCUCGACGGGUUAUACAAUGGGCAGCAGGGCUAAUGGUGCUGCAAGGCGUGGUUGGAAAGCUCGGAGCAGUGUUCAUCAUCAUACCACAGCCCGUGGUGGGGGGACUCUUCUGUGUCAUGUUCGGCAUGAUCUCGGCUUUCGGCCUAUCAGCCCUGCAAUACGUGGACCUGAACAGCUCCAGGAACUUGUACAUCAUCGGCUUCAGCCUGUUCUUCCCGCUGGUGCUGACUCGCUGGAUGGCCGUGCACAGCGGGGUGAUACAAACUGGGGUGGAAGCUCUGGACGCUGUGUUGCAAGUGCUCCUGUCUACGUCCAUCCUUGUUGGAGGAGUCUUAGGAUGUCUACUUGACAAUUUGAUACCAGGCACGGACGAGGAGCGCGGCCUGGCAGCGUGGGCGAAAGAGAUGGCGCUAGAAGCCGCCGGCGCAACGCAAGGAGGAGACACGUACGAUUUCCCCGUCGGGAUGGCACUCAUACGCAGAUGGAAAUGGACAUCAUAUCUCCCGUUCAUGCCGACAUACGAGGCCGGCAAGUUCACGGCACUACUGACGAGGAAAAAGGACAGCUAAUGAGGAAAGAGACAUACACACCGGCGACCAACAGGGCGCAAGUGGGGCGAGUGGUACAGAGUUACAGGAAGGUGUAUUUUGAGUUAAAAAUUGAUAUUGAUUGGAUAUUGAUCUCAGUACGAUAAUACACCAAUAUUAUUACUAUGCUAGUAAAAUAUAUGAAUAUCAAACAGAGUAAUAAAUCAAGUUGCAUUAUAUGAACAGUUGUACACAAAAACUAUGUACUUAUUUAUCAUUGGGUUUACGUAAAUGAAAUAUUUUUGUAUUUUAACAUAUAAUAUAUUGAGUUUACGUUUUGAAUAAAUUAUUUUAUUAAAAUGA